AUGUGCUUGACUGCUACCCCCAGCCCCACUUCAUUUAUCUUUACAGUCUCUUGCAGUCGUCAAUCGAACAUUUCAUUUUUACUUUCCCUAUUUCUCUCUCACCCACACACUCUCUCAUUGUCUCACUUUCUCAAACUGUUACUUAUUCUCACUCUCCUGUUCUUUCUCUCACUCUCUUUCUGUUUCUAUGACUCCGACAAUCUUUUUUUCUCUUUCUUUCUCUCUCCCUUAUUUUCACCUUCUUUCUUUCUUUUUUUCUUUCUUUCUUUCUUUCUUGAUUUCUUUCUUGAUUUCUUUCUUUCUUUCCAUAACGCAGCCCUCUCUCUCUCACUUUCACUCUUAUCCAACAGACUGGUUCUCUCUCUCUCUCUCUCUCUCUCUCUCUUUCUCUCUCUCUCUUCAAACUAUCUCUCGCUUGAACUCUCACAUUCCCCAUCUCAGAUUCAAUUUAUAGAACCCCCUCCCUCCCAGCAUAUCACCCCUUCUCUUUCUGUCUCCUUCUUUCCAGCACUCACCCUCUGCUUCUCUUAUCUCUUAAUAUCUAUCUAUUUAUCCACUGUCUGUAAUCUAUCUAUCUAUCUAUCUAUCUAUCUAUCUAUCUAUCUAUCUAUCUAUCUAUCUAUCUAUCUAUCACAGGCUGCAGUCUAUCUAUCUAUCUAUCUAUCUAUCUAUCUAUCUAUCUAUCUAUCACAGGCUGCAGUCUAUCUAUCUAUCUAUCUCUAUCUAUCUAUCUAUCUAUCUAUCUAUCUAUCUAUCUGCGCUGCUCUUGCACUCUCUUUAUUUCUCUCUGUAUACACUUCUUCUUCUUCUCUUUCUCGUUGUCUCCGUUUAUCUCUACAUCUCUGUUUUUUAAUUCCUUUUUUUUCAACUUUUUCCUCUACUCUUUCUCUACCCUUCACUCUCUUUUCUUUCACUUUUUUGUACUCUCGUUAUUUUCUGUCUAGACGUCCCCUAUUUCUUUUUCUUCUAUUAAUCUACUUCUCUCUCUCUCUCUUUCUACAUCUAUUUUUUUAUUCCUUUCUCUCAUUCUUCCUUUCCUUCUCUCACAACACCCUCUCUCUCUCUCUUUUAUUUCCGUUUCUCUCACACUACUUUGAUGUCUAUCUCUACACCUGCUCAAUCUAUUUAUUACUCUCUCAGCAUCUCUCUCUUUUUUCUUCUCUUUCUUCUACUCUCUCAUUCUCUCUCUACACGUUUUUUUCUCUCUCUCUUCCCCUUCUCUUUCCCACCCUUUACCUCUCCCUGCAUUUAUCUUUUUCCUUUCUCUCACUCCCCCUUUCUCUCUUUCUACACCCCUUUUUCUUUUUUCUUUCCGUUUCUCUCACACUUUUUUUACAUCCCUCUACACAUCUGCCGUUCUUUCUCUAUAUAUAUUUCUCUUUCUACCCCACUCUCUAUUUCCCUUUCAUUUCUCUCACUCUCCUUUUAUCUCUCUCUACACCCGUACCUCUCUUUUUGUUUCCCUCUCUCUUUCUCUCUCUUUCUCGCCACACCUAA